GAAGUGGGAAAGUUCCAUAAAAGAUAACGUGCCUUGCUCCCGGAGGUCAGUUGACGAUUGAGAAGCGGUUACGUAUCCUGUCAGCUACGGAGAAUAUUCGUGAAACUCUUCAUUAAAAUUUAAUUAUUUCUAAAAACCGUAAAAAUCGGAAAAUCGGUAUGCUGCACCUAAUCUUGGUAGCAGCAGUUGUAACUCUAGUGGCAGCCAAACCAACGAUCGAAGACACAGUAGAUAUCAGCAAAAAUCACGAAACUACCGACGAUCUUCUGAAAAGCGCUCACGAACUCUUGAAACGAACCGACGCAGAGUAUGCAAAAUGGGAUAAUAAACAGAGUAUCACCGCAUGGAAUUACGCAUCGAAUCUAAUAAAUGAGAAUCUGACAGUAACGGUAGAGGGGGCAAACGUUACCAAACAUAUUAUUGAAAGAGUGAAGACCGUACCUUGGAGAGACUUUGACGAUGAAUCUAUGAAGAGACAGUUCUACAAGCUCGGUAUACUCGGUGGCGCCGCUCUCUCUGAAGAAGUAAACAUAUAUUGGAGUUCUAACGAAUUUGAGAUGACGGAGAGUAAAAUGGAAAACAUCUAUAGCACCGUAUGAAGCCACUGUAUUUACAACUGCAUGCUUACGUACGGCGCGAGCUUAGGAAGAAAUACGGCGAAGACAUCGUCUCCAAGGACGGCCCGAUCCCAGCGCAUCUCUUUAGUACAGUCAAAUUAGACGGAAAACGAGCGUUAUCUCGGAACCGGUUCAACCAACUCGGAUUUUAAUGUUUUUUUUUAAAUGUCACAAAUUAAAAAUACUAAAACCUUUAUAGGUUAAAAAUCGCCGCUUUUUACAGGAAAUUUUUUAAAAUUGAAAAAACUAAAAUUGAACGAUAAAUCGAUAUUUAACGCGCUACCAUGUAUUCUAUCG